UGAAGUUCUGAACCCCUCAUUAGCUGCCAAAUCAAACUGGGUCCCUAGCCAUAUAGGCGUGCCCUUCCGGCCCCCGGCUUCUCCCCUCGCCGUCCGCCGCCACCGGGAUCUACCGACGGAAUGGAGGCGGUACAAGACACCAGCUCUCUGCAGGCCGCGAUUCGAUGGCUGCUGCACACCAUCCUUCCCAGCCUCAGCAAGCUGGACGGGUGGGUUCGCCAAGAAGGGCUCGACGGUGAGGUGGAGGGGCUCAGGGACGAGAUCGAGCAAGUCGACGGGGUGGUCUCCGCCGUGAACGCCAGGUCUGAGAUUAGAAACAGGUCGCUGGCCAGAUCCCUCGCAGCCCUCAAGGAGCUGCUCUACGCCGCCGACGACGUGGUCGACGAGCUCCACUGCUACAGGCUCCACGCCCACGGAGGCCCAUGGCAUUGGCACCGUCCCACCGAAAUUGAUGGACCAAGUAACCAGCUGCCAACUUCUUCAAGCACCGGUGGCACUACCAGAAAUGCAACUGCUGAUAGUUCAUCCAGAAGAAAAAGGAGAAGGGGCAAGGAUUCAGCAGAUGUCACAGCAACCAACACAGGCCCUUGGAGCAAGGACCAAAUUUCGAAAAAGAUACAAGACAUAACUGGUCAGUUGCUAGAUAUCCGAGGGAACGUGCGACGGGUUCUCAAGAUGCUUGGGCCAUGGUCUCGUGCAGGUCCAAAUCGCUGCCAGAGUAAAACCACCUCAGACCCACGCCAGGGCACAUCAAGUCUUGUUCAAGGGAAAGUGUAUGGGAGAGCUCAAGAGAAGAGUUACAUCAUAGAGUUGAUAACAGAGCGCAAAUCAGAUGCUGGGGUAACUGUUCUGCCAAUUGUAGGCAUUGCAGGAGUUGGGAAGACAACUCUGGCUCAACUUGUAUACAAUGAUCAAGAUUUGAAGAGUCAAUUUGACCUCCGGAUAUGGAUCUGGGUCUCUAGCAGCUUUGAUGAAACCAGAGUCACAAGAGAGAUGCUAGAUUUUGUCUCCCUGGGAGCACAUGAAGGGAAAUGCAGGUUUCCCAAGCUUCCAGAAGUCUUGAAGGAUCGUGUUAAAUCAAAGAGGGUUCUACUUAUUUUAGAUGACAUUUGGGAUGACAUAAGUGAUUGCCAAUGGAACAAUCUAUUAGCACCUUUCAAGUCUGACAAUGCAAAGGGCAGCAUGAUACUCGUGACAACUAGAAUACCAUCUGUUGCCAAAAAGAGAGGUACAACUGGACCGAUUAACUUACAUGGUUUGAAAAAUGGUGAUUUCUGGCUAAUGUUCAAAGCGUUUGCAUUUGGUGAAGAGAACUAUGAAGAGCAAGCUAGUCUAGGCGAGCUUGGGCGGCAGAUAGCAAAAGGGUUACACGGAAACCCAUUAGCAGCACAAACUGCAGGGACACUGUUAAGAGAGCAUCUUACCGUUGAUCAUUGGAACAAUAUUCUAAAGAACGGAGAUUGGAAAUCUCUGCAACUCAGUAGUGGCAUCAUGUCUGCUUUGAAGCUUUGCUAUGAUCAGCUGCCCUACAAUUUACAACAAUGCUUCUCAUAUUGCUCUGUAUUCCCCUAUGGUUAUCAUUUUCUUGCUGAGGAGCUGGUACGUAUGUGGAUUUCACAGGGAUUUGUGAAGUGUAACCAUUCAAGCAUGAUACUGGAAGAAGCGCGGUACUAUCUGUGUGACUUGGUGAACCUCGGUUUCUUUGAGCAAGUGGAAAGAAAAGAACCUUCAGGCCGUACUCAAAUUUACUAUGCUAUGUGUGCUCUUAUGCAUAAUUUGGCUAGGGUAGUUUCAAAAACAGAAUGUGCAGCUAUGGAUGGUCUGCAGUACAGUGAAAUAUUGCCAACCAUACACCAUUUGUCUAUAACGGAUGGUCAGACUGGGAACAUACCUGGUAGUGAGAAGUUUGAAGAAAAAAUACAGAGAAUAUUUACAUCAGUGGCAAAAUUAAGGACAUUGGUGUUGAUUGGACAGUAUGAAUCUUCAUUCUUCGAAGAAGUAUUCCGAAAGGCAUAUAAUUUGCGUGUAUUGCAAAUUUCUGCAACAUCUGCUGAUUUCCAUUCAUUCCGGUAUAGUUUGGUGAAUCUUAUACAUCUUAGAUAUCUAAAACUCGAUGGCCAUGGUGAGCAGGGGAGCUCCUCGCAUCAAGUUCACUUGUAUGAUAAUUCUGCUGUUCGGGAUAAUGCUACCUUCCUUGCCUUGCAGAAUGUGUGUCUAGAGAAUUGCAGAGAAAAGCAAGCAGUUCUACCUCUGGAAAAUCUUCCAUUCCUCACAACAUUGAAGUUAACCAACAUGUGGGGAGUAAGAGAAGUACUGAUUCCGUCAGUGGAAGAGCUAGUUUUAGUUAACAUGUCCGGGUUGGAGAGAUGUUCCUGCACUUCCUUGGGGGGUCUGGUGUCUAGUUUAAGGGUACUGGAGAUCCGGAAGUGCAGCGCACUCAGGGUGUUUGAUCUGUUCGAGAAAGCUCACAACUCGGAAACUCAGCUUAAGCCAUUGGAUUCUCUACAGCUGCAUUCCUGCACGUCUCUGGAAGAUUUGAGAAUUGAAGACUGUGGAGGGAUCAUCGCAAUAGAGGGCCUUCACCUCGUGAAACUCAGGCAUUUGAAUGUAUGCAAAAAAUCAAUUUUUCGUGGUAUAUCAGGGAAUGGCUAUCACCUAGGAUCUCAACUGGAUCUAUUUAUAAUUAGUGACUUGUCCCUCCUUACCACAUCAAUCUGCAAGGGGCUCACCUGUCUCCAUAGCCUAAUAAUUCAAAAUUUGAAGUGCAAGGCCAGGAGACUAACAGAUGAUCAAGAGAGCACGCUUCUGCUCCACAAGUCCCUGCAAGAGCUAGUGUUUGGCGAUUGUGAGUACCUCGUGCAUCUUCCUGCAGGACUGCACAGCCUUCCUGCCCUCAAGAUAUUGAAGAUCAGAAGCUGUAGCAGCAUAUUAAGGCUUCUGAAGGAGGAACUCCCACCUUCGCUGGUGGAACUGGAAAUCGAUUAUUGUAGUGUUGAGUUGGCAAAACAAUGCAGAUUGCUAGCAACAAGCAAGCUAAAUGUCAUAAUUUACGAGGACUAUGACCAAGAAGAAACCGAUACUUCCAGCAACUAGUGUAUCUGUAUCGGAUACCGUAUCCGAUACUGAUUCUUCCCGGAUACGUCCCCGAUACCUCUCAGGCUUUAGUAGUGCCGGUGGUGGGCUCCUUUUUCCGGUGCUCCCGCUCCCCUUGUCCCCACUAUCCUGUAGAAUUCUAUCUAAUGGAAGGCUGCUGAUUUCCUUCUCCUCCUCCUCCUCCUCCCUUUCUCUCUAACUUCACUUUUAUGUUUGGUAAGUUGCUGCUACCCUUUGGCUGUUGGUUCUUCCUUUUGUUGGAAUCAUGGAUUAGAAGAUACUCCCUCUGUACCAUAAUAUGUUAUCAAUUGAGCUGCUAAAACGACGAAUAUUAUGGUACUUUGGUAGUAGAAGAUAAUGGACUGCAAUGACUAAAUGUAUGCUAAACGGCUUGAUGCUUAAUUGAUAACAUAUUUUUUAUUUAAAAGAAUAGUCAAACGUAUCCCCGUAUUGGUACUUUUCAGAAAUGACGUAUUUACAUAUCAGUAUCGGUGCAAUCUAGACUAUGACUGAAACUGGGUGGUUUGCCAGGAACACGUUACUACCUGCACAACAUAUACUAGUGUGUUGCUUUGUAAGGUAUUCUUCUGUCAUUUUUCAGGUUGGAAUUGUAAGCAGGUGUAUCAUUGUAGGCCAUCUGUGUUUCAAGAAAAGAAAAGAGAAGCUAAAUAAAGCAAAACCAGGAGUCAUGCUGCCAUGUUGUAGAAGUUACCAUCUCUGCCAUAUCAACCAAAGGAGUGGAUGAUGUGUUCUGCUGAUCGUUCACAAGUUAACCCGAAGAAGCCAGUCCAAAAACUCCCUUGCGACGACGGCAUGCACAAAUGAUAGGCCGGCCAGAUCCAUAGGCCCGGAUAGAUGGAAUUCACAUUUUGCUUCUUCAGAAAUCAGGAUGGGCUUGCCUGUAAACAGAAACUCUUACCUCCAUGUGUCAUAGAUUCC